CAUGGCACAUGGGCUGCGGAGCGCCGGGGAAGCCCCGCCGCCCCGCCCGGCCCCGCCGCUCCGCCCGGCCCGGCCCCGGGAGGGCCCUCCGCGGAGGGCGUGGGGCUCCGGCGAGCAGGUGACACCGCGGGCUGCCCUGCGCCGUGUGCGCGGCAUGUGCGCGCCCGUGUAGCGCGGGCUGCCCCCAUGGGCAGCGGCGCCGGCUCCUUCCUCUGCCCCCCGUCUCUGGAAGCCCAGGCAGGAAACGCUCCUCAUGUCUCCCAGAUAAAAAUAAAAGCGACUCCCUCUUCCCGGCCGCAGAGUGUCCCCGAGCUCGGCCAGACGCGGGGCUGAGACGGCCCCGCCGCCCAGCAGCGCCUCUGCCCCGCCGCCCCGGAGCGCCGGGCUGCGCCGCCGCCCGCCCCAUGGACAUCGCAACAGGUCCCGAGUCCUUGGAACGUUGCUUUACGCGGGGCCAGUCGGACUGCUCAAAGAUGCUGGACGGUAUUAAAAUGGAAGACCACCCUCUGCGCUCGGGUCCGGCCACGUUGGGAGUGCUGCUGGGGUCGGACUGCCAGCACCAGGCCGUCUGCGAGGGCUGCCAGCGGCCCAUCUCGGACCGGUUUCUGAUGCGGGUGAACGAGUCCUCCUGGCACGAGGAGUGCCUGCAGUGCGCGGCGUGUCAGCAAGCGCUCACCACCAGCUGCUACUUCCGGGACCGAAAGCUCUACUGCAAGCAGGACUACCAACAGCUGUUUGCCGCGAAGUGCAGUGGCUGCAUGGAAAAAAUCGCCCCGACAGAAUUCGUGAUGAGAGCCCUGGAGUGUGUUUACCACUUAAGCUGCUUCUGCUGCUGCGUUUGUGAGCGACAGCUGAGGAAAGGGGACGAGUUUGUGCUCAAGGAAGGGCAACUGCUCUGCAAGAGUGACUAUGAAAAAGAGAAAGACUUGUUGAGCUCCGUCAGCCCCGACGACUCAGACUCAGUUAAAAGUGAUGAUGAAGAUGGAGAUGUUAAGCCCACCAAAGGACAAGUAAACCAAGGAAAAGGAAGUGAUGAUGGGAAGGACCCAAGACGACCUAAACGACCAAGGACAAUACUUACUACACAGCAGAGACGAGCAUUCAAAGCGUCCUUUGAAGUGUCUUCCAAGCCCUGUAGGAAGGUCAGAGAAACACUGGCAGCUGAAACAGGACUCAGCGUGCGAGUCGUCCAGGUCUGGUUUCAAAACCAAAGAGCAAAGAUGAAGAAACUAGCACGAAGGCAUCAGCAGCAGCAAGAGCAACAGAACUCGCAGCGGCUGGGGCAAGAAGUGAUGUCCAACCGAAUGGAAGGGAUGAUGACAUCUUACACGCCACUGGCACCACCACAGCAGCAGAUUGUAGCAAUGGAUCAAAGCAGUUAUGGCACAGACCCGUUUCAGCAGGGUCUUACCCCGCCACAAAUGCCAGGCGACCACAUGAACCCUUAUGGAAACGACUCCAUUUUUCAUGAUAUCGACAGUGAUACCUCUUUAACUAGCUUGAGCGACUGUUUUCUUGCCUCUUCCGAAGUUAACUCCAUGCAGGCUAGAGUAGGAAACCCCAUUGACAGGCUGUACUCUAUGCAGAGCUCCUAUUUCGCCUCAUGAAAAUAAAGAAAACAAACAGCCGGCGUGUCUUUAGCCAGUGACUUUUUCCAGUGCAGACUCUACAGCCAUAUGUUGCCCAGCUCUUCCUUCACAGUGACUCCUGCUGCCUCUGGACUGCAAAGAGCAUUUUUAGGAAGACUGUAUCUGUGUGCAUAUAUAUGUAUGUAUGUAUAUAUAUAUAUAAAUACCUACCUACAUACAUAUAUAUAUAACCAAAACACGUCCGCCAGUCCCAUGCCCUUGAUUCCCAGCUUGCACCAGACCACGAGACAAGCGGAAGGAACACAAGACCCUGCUCGUCAGCAGCCUCUGGUUUGGUUUGGCUUGAGCCCAUCGUGUAAAGGAGACGGAUUUUGCGGAAAGCCAGACCUUUUCGACCUUUUCCACCUUUUCCUCCUUUCUCUCUUGUUUUGGAUGGUAAAACCCUUUCAUUUUUUUCUUUUUAAAGCCACUGAUCUGACAUCAGUCGACCAUAUGACAAAUAAAUCAAAGAAACUGGA